CGCCAGGGGGCGCCCUCCGGAGAGUGCGCCUAGGCCGUGGCCUGCGCUUGGCCCCUGCGGGCCGCCGUCUCCGUGCCCGGCAUUCGGCCGCCGUUCUGCUGCGCUGCUGCGGCUCCCGGCGGCUCCUGGCGGCGCCGCAAUCGGACCUUCGGGCGCCUACUGGCCGGCGGCAGCGGCGAUGGCCUCCUGAGCAGGCAGGGAGCAGGCGGCGGCAGGCGGGCAAGCGGGCGGGUGCCGCAGCCCAGGUCCGGGUCGCGCCUCUUUGUUUCCACGGGUAGCGGCGCAGCCCCGGGCCCCGGGCGGAAGUGAGACGCGCUCGGCGCGGGGGCCGCGGCGGCCGCACCAUGAGCGACAUCCGCCACUCGCUGCUGCGCCGCGACGCGCUGAGCGCCGCCAAGGAGGUGUUGUACCACCUGGACAUCUACUUCAGCAGCCAGCUGCAGAGCGCGCCGCUGCCCAUCGUGGACAAGGGCCCCGUGGAGCUGCUGGAGGAGUUCGUGUUCCAGGUGCCCAAGGAGCGCAGCGCGCAGCCCAAGAGACUGAAUUCACUUCAGGAGCUUCAACUUCUUGAAAUCAUGUGCAAUUAUUUCCAGGAGCAAACCAAGGACUCUGUUCGGCAGAUUAUUUUUUCAUCCCUUUUCAGCCCUCAAGGGAACAAAGCCGAUGACAGCCGGAUGAGCUUGUUGGGAAAACUGGUCUCCAUGGCGGUGGCUGUGUGUCGAAUCCCGGUGUUGGAGUGUGCCGCCUCCUGGCUUCAGCGGACGCCCGUGGUUUACUGUGUGAGGUUAGCCAAGGCCCUUGUGGAUGACUACUGCUGUUUGGUGCCGGGAUCCAUUCAGACGCUGAAGCAGAUAUUCAGUGCCAGCCCAAGAUUCUGCUGCCAGUUCAUCACCUCCGUUACCGCGCUCUAUGACCUGUCGUCAGAUGACCUCAUCCCACCUAUGGACUUGCUUGAAAUGAUUGUCACCUGGAUUUUUGAGGACCCAAGGUUGAUUCUUAUCACUUUUUUAAAUACUCCGAUUGCGGCCAAUCUGCCAAUAGGAUUCUUAGAGCUCACCCCGCUUGUUGGAUUGAUCCGCUGGUGUGUGAAGGCCCCCCUGGCUUAUAAAAGGAAAAAGAAGCCUCCCUUAUCCAAUGGCCACGUCAGCAACAAGGUCACAAAGGACCCGGGCGUGGGGAUGGACAGAGACUCCCACCUCUUGUACUCGAAACUCCACCUCAGCGUCCUGCAGGUCCUCAUGACGCUGCAGCUGCACCUGACCGAGAAGAAUCUGUAUGGGCGCCUGGGGCUGAUCCUCUUCGACCACAUGGUCCCGCUGGUAGAGGAGAUCAACAGGUUGGCGGAUGAACUGAACCCCCUCAACGCCUCCCAGGAGAUCGAGCUCUCGCUGGACCGGCUGGCGCAGGCUCUGCAGGUGGCCAUGGCCUCAGGAGCUCUGCUGUGCACGAGAGAUGACCUGAGAACCUUGUGCUCCAGGCUGCCCCAUAAUAAGGUGGUAGUGAGGAUGAGACCCAGUGGUGUUUGUGAAUUUCUCAUCCUACUCCUUGCCGCGUGGAGACCUCCACAAACGCAGUCAUCAGGAGUCUGGGAAGGGACCCGGUGUUGGAAAGCCACGUUGAAUUUGCUGGGAGGAGGAUUCCAGGAAGUGCGGCCGUGGUGUGCUGUACCACCAGGUCGGGAGGUCCAGGCCUCUGGGGCCCGGAGGCCUUGGUGGGAGCGCGGUGGCGGAUGGGGAGACCGUGCGUGCAGCUGUUCUCGGAGCCCCGGUGCUGGGUGCUGGGCGGGGACUCUGAAUUUCGGGGUCGUUUGCAAGGCCAGCUUCCUGGGGCUUCUGCUUGGAAUUCAGCCUCCUCCAGCUGGUGAUCUCGGGUCCCGUGCAGCAGUCGCCUCACGCCGCGCUCCCCCCGGGGUUCUACCCCCACAUCCAUACGCCCCCGCUGGGCUACGGGGCCGUCCCGGCCCACCCCGCCGCCCACCCCGCCCUGCCCACGCACCCCGGGCACACCUUCAUCUCGGGCGUGACGUUUCCCUUCAGGCCCAUCCGCUAGGCUGGCCCGCGUGUGCCUUCUGCGCCCUCGCUGGACGAAGCCUUCCGAGAAGGAAGGGGUGGCCGGACCCCUAGAAGAGAACCUCGCGGAAGGGGCCGGGCAGCCCCUCCCCGCCGGCAGAACCGUCUCGGUGUCAUGGAGUCCAGGUGCUUCCCACCCGGUCGCAUUCUUUGACAUGCAGAUUGGAUGGUGAUGGGAAGAGUCCAGCCUCUGCCGAGAGCCUGCUGCGUGCGUUUUUAAAACAUGCUGAUCCUGGGAGCCUGUGUUCUCUACGCAUUUCAGACACACAGCCUGUGUGGCGAGGAGUGUGACAGGAGGAGCCACAGGUGCAAGCCCUUGUGUCUGGCCUCCUUCCUCGUGAAGACGAUGUGUCCCCGCCAGAAAAAGUGGGCUCCUUCUGCAGCCCCGUGAGCUGAGCCCAGGCUGCACAGUGACCACAAGCUUAUGUGCAGCACUGCUCAGGGAAGCUGUCAGGAAUUCCCCUCACCUCGGAAAGGAACUUCUCAGUUUUAUUGGGGGUGUCUAAAUUUUCCUUUCAUAUGUUCAAAUAAAUUUUUCUAAACAGUCA